AUGGUAAGUAACCCUCUAAGUAAACAGUAUUGGCAUGAGGUCCGCGAUGGCUUCAGCAUUGUCGGUUAUGAUGGUUUGGUUGAGAAAGCAGUUGUAGAUAUCCCUGACCCAGGAAGUUCACAUGAUUUAGGUCAAUCGUCAAAGGAUUCUGGAUAUAAAAUAUCGACUGGUUCAGCAAUCGACUCGGAUUCACUGCAUGGAAAUAACGUAGCUUUCGAAUAUGGGGAGAAUUUAAAUAAAGAUUUAGAUAUUAGACACUUGUUAACUUUGGCAAUAGGUGGCUCCAUUGGUACCGGUUUAUUUGUUAACUCGGGUACAUCAUUGAAUACCGGUGGUCCUGCCUCUUUGAUCAUCGGAUGGGUCAUCAUAUCCUCCGCAUUGUUCACUGUCAUUAAUGCACUAGGUGAACUGGCUGCUACGUUCCCAAUUGUUGGCGGGUUCAAUGUCUAUAUGACUAGGUUCGUUGACCCAUCGUUUGCAUUCGCAGUUAAUUUAAAUUAUCUGAUUUUGUGGAUCGUCUCUUUACCGUUGGAAUUAGUGGCCGCAUCAAUUACUAUUAGAUAUUGGAAUAGGGAAAUUAAUUCAGAUGCAUGGGUCACGAUUUUCUUCGUCUUCAUUGCAUUGUUGAAUAUGAUGGACGUCAAGUUCUUCAGCGAGGCAGAAUUCGUAAUGUCGAUCAUUAAAAUUCUAGCUAUUGUCGGUUUCUUUAUAUUAGGCAUCGUCCUAGCAGUCGGCGGUGGCCCCACUGGUGGUUACAUCGGUGGUAAGUACUGGAACGACCCAGGUGCAUUCCAUGGGGACUCUGCGGGCUCGAGGUUUAAAGGUCUCUGCUCUGUAUUUGUCAUUGCGGCUUUCUCCUACUCCGGUGUGGAGAUGACUGCCGUAUCAGCUGCGGAGAGUAAGAACCCAAGGAAGACUAUUCCAAAGGCUACUAAACGUACCUUCUGGGUCAUUACCUUCUCCUACAUAAGCAUCCUGACUUUGAUUGGCAUUUUAGUACCAUACAAUGACAAGAGGUUAUUAAGUGGCUCCAGUUCUGUUGAUGCUUCUGCAUCACCUUUAGUCAUUGCCAUUGAAAACGCUGGCAUCAAGGGACUCCCAUCUCUAAUGAAUGCAAUUAUUUUAAUAGCCCUUCUUUCUGUCGCAAAUAGCUGUGUAUAUGUCUGCUCCAGAGUGAUGGUUUCAAUGGCAUUGACAAAUACAUUACCAAAAGUCUUCAGCAAAGUAGACAAGAGAGGCAGACCACUGUACUCGAUCUUUGCAACCUUAUUUGUAGGUCUGCUUUCAUUCAUUGCCGCAUCCGAUAAACAGGAAGAAGUCUUCACAUGGUUAUCUGCUAUAUGUGGCCUUUCGACAAUCUUCUGCUGGAUUGGUAUUAAUUUAGCACACAUAAGAUUCAGAGCUGCACUUAAAUUUCAAAAUAGAUCACUAGACGAAUUGGCCUACAUAUCUCAAUCAGGUAUCUGGGGAUCUUGGUACGGUGUGAUAAUAUUGGUGCUAGUAUUGAUAGCAUCCUUCUGGGUUUCUUUAUUCCCAGUGGGAGAAUCUAGUGCUGAUGCAGAAGCAUUCUUCGAAGGAUAUUUGUCAUUUCCAAUCUUAAUUGCAAGUUAUAUUGGUCACAAAGUGUAUAUCAAAAAUUGGAAAUGGGUAAUUCCACUCGAAGAAAUUGAUAUUGACUUAGGAAAAAAGAAUACGAUAUGGAAUGGUUAA